AUGCCCUCACUCUGGUGCCCUCACUCUGAUGCCCUCACUUUGAUGCCCUCACUCUGUGUGCCCACAAUCUGUGUGCCCUCGCUCUGGUGCCCUCACUCUGCUGCCCUCACUCUGCUGCCCUCACUCUGCUGCCCUCACUCUGACGCCCUCACUCUGAUGCCCUCACUCUGUGUGCCCUCAAACUCUGUGCCCUCACUCUGCUGCCUUCACUCUGUGUGCCAUCACUCUGUGCGCCCUCAUUCUGCUGCCCUCACUCUGUGUGCCCUCACUCUGCGUACCAUCACUCUGUGUGCCCUCACUCUUGGAUCACUCACUCAGGAUAACCUUAGGUCUGUUCACUUGACGCCCCGACCCACUCUCUUGCCCUCUCAACCCCACUCUGUCCUCACCGACCACUCUAACCCUCUCACCCUGCUCUGGUUCUCUCAAUUCCGCUCUGCCAUCAACGACCACUCUAACCCUCUCAAUCCUACUCUGCCCUCUCAACCCCACUCUGCCAUCACCGGCCACUCGAACCCUGUCAACCCUACUCUGGUCUUCUCAACCCCACUCUGCCAUCAACGUCACUCUAACCCUCUCAACCCUACUCUGGUCCUCUCAACCCCACUCUUGCCCUCUCAACCCCACUCUGCCAUCACCGGCCACUCUAACCCUGUCAACCCUACUCUGAUCUUCUCAACCCCACUCUGCCAUCAACGCCACUCUAACCCUCUCAACCCUACUCUGGUCCUCUCAACCCCACUCUGUCACCACCGACCACUCUAA